GGCCGGCACUGCUGUCCACAGCCUCUACGCCGUUAGACGACGCUUCUCGCAGAUCGAUUCCAGCGAAAUUAGUGGAAGGACGGACGCGAUUUUUCGCUUAUUUUCGUUUCCUAUGUACGUAGUCGUUAAUCGUAUCUAUUUAAAAUUCUCACGCGUUAUGAAGGAGGAUAUACGUUCGCCGAUGAGGGUCGUAUAUAUCGAAGAGUCACGUUGAAGUGCUUUUUCCUUUAAGGGAUUUCUUCGAUCAAGGACGAAUUCGAAGAUAACACCUUUCGAGGACCGUCGAUCGGUUUACAAGAACAAGCAUCUGUAAAAGAAAUAUAAUUGUGAAAAAAAGAAAGGGAGAGAGAGAAAGAGAGAGAGAGAAAGAGAGAGAGAAAGAGAGAGAGAGAGAGAGUUAGAGAUAGAGAUAGAAAAUGAUGCAUUUAAAUCUUUAAACGAUUAAUUAAAAUUUUUCAAAUUUAAUUGUAAUAUAUAUGAUCAUUGAAAUUUAUAAAAUUAGGUCAAAGUUCUUUUAAGGUUCGUCUAUUUAUCUGGGGAAUUGUUGAUAAUAAACGAAAAAGAGAGAGAAAGAGAAAGAGAAAGAAAGGUUCGAAAAAAAAUUUGAUUAUUUUAACUUACAUAUGUUACGAGGAAUUAUGUAGCUAUCGGAAAAGGGAACGUGUUUAUUUAAUAACAUCGAAUCGAUUUACGUGCCUUUCGAAGAAGAAAAAUACUUGAUGGUGAUUCGUUUUGAUAAAUUCCUUAAGGCUCUUUGAUAUGUGGACCAACUGGUUCGGUGCAGGAAGAAGAAACAAAAUUUAUCCGAGGAACGACGAGGGCGUUAACGAUAGUGAUACCAUCUUUUAACGCUAUUGAUUAUAUUCAUAAAGUGAGCAUGUCUAGAAGAAAAAUCGGUGGAGAUAGACAAUUUGACAACGUGGAUUACACACAGCUGACUGAAACUGACAAUGGCUUUAUAGAUUCACAGUUUGUGAAUCCACCGGUGAAAAUACCAUGGAAAGCCAUCAUGCUAGCUGCUCUUUUAUUUGUGGGAGGAACUGUUUUGCUUAUAACGGGAAGCUUGAUCAUCAGCGGGCACAUUGAUUGCAAAUAUUCUGAUCGAAUAUGGCCUGUGAUUAUUCUAGGAGCAUUGAUGUUUAUACCUGGAGCUUACCAUAUGAGAGUUGCUAUUUUAGCUUAUCAAAAAGUACCUGGUUAUUCCUUCGAUGAUAUACCUGAAUUUGAUUAAGUUAGUACAAAUACAUAUACAUACAUAUAUAUAUAUAUAUAUAUAUAUAUAUAUAUAAAAUGUAUAUAUAAUUACAUCCCUACAUCUA